UCGGUCAAAUUUUAGUUUUGCGACGUUUUCAGUCAUGGAAGAAGCACUUCUUUGGUCGUUCUAUGGUAUUUGCAUUGCGAUAAAAGGCAGAAAUAAACGAAAAAAUCGAAGAUUAAGAUGGUCGAGGGAAUGGUUAUUAAAAAGACAGGAAUUUUCUCAUGUCAGAUUAUUACGUGAACUUGAACCAGAUGAUUGGCGUAAUUACCUGAGGAUGGACACUGAAACAUACAACCAUUUGUUAAAAUCUGUUACUCCUUACAUUGAAAGGCAAAAUACCUGUAUGAGAAAAGCCAUUUCAGCUCAUGAGAGACUUAGUGCCACGUUAAGAUUUCUUGCCACACGAAGAAGCUACAAAGGAAUUGGAAUUCACCACCAUCAUGUCCAAGCAAUCACUGAGUGAAAUUAUACCGGAAACUUGUGACGUUAUUUACAGGGUUUUAAAAAAAGACUUCCUAAAGUUUCCAAAAAGCGAACAGGAGUGGUUACAAAUAGCAGCCGACUUUGAAAAAAAAUGGCAAUUUCCGCAUUGUUUGGAUAGUAUUGAUGGCAAGCAUAUCAGAAUUGUUCCUCCCAAGGGAAGCGGAUCGUAUUACUUUAACUACAAAAAGACGCAUAGCAUAGUUCUUAUGUCAAUUGCUAAUUGCUAAUACCACAUUUUAUGAAAAACUAGCCAAUAAUGAUCUAAAACUUCCUAAUCCGGAAUCUAUGCCCAAUUCUAACGAAGUUCUUGGAUAUACGUUUAUUGCAGAUGAGGCCUUUGCAAUGCGUUCCGAUCUUAUCAAGCCAUAUAGUAGGGAAACACUCAAUAGAGAACGAAGACUUUUUAACUACCGGUUAUCCAGAGCCCGACGGACUAUUGAAAAUACUUUUGGCAUUUUAUCGUCCCGAUUUCGAGUUUUCCAC